AUGGAAACGGGAACCUCAUCAUCAUCAUCAGGCUUGGUUAAGGCCAAAUCUGAGACACUAGCAGAAGCUCUUAAGUCUAGCUCACUCGAUUUCAGCAAUGGUGCCGGCGGCAGCAGCCAUGGGAGCAGCAAUCAGCAUGUGAUGGCAAGAACAUCGUCAUCGCCGAGCCACAGUGGCAGUGGUAGCAGCAAAAGCAGAAGGAACACACACAUAAGGAAGGCUAAGAGUGCACACCCUGCUCUUGACCUUAGUCGUCUCACUGAGGUGGAAGAUAUUGAAGCAGCAAACAGUAGUGUGGUCAAGUUUCAGACAGAACCUACCUUUCCGAUAUAUCUCAAGGCACUGAUGGAGAUAUGUAUCUAUAAUCAUCAACACCCAAAAGUCCUUAUAAAUAUAUUAGAUUUUUGCUGCCAUUGCAUCAUGAAUGUUCCUAGACAUUGGAAACCUCUGUUUUGCCUUCUUUGUUGGUCUAACUUUGGUGCCCAAAAGUCAAGCUUAGGAGGCUCAACUACAAUAUUACUGGUUAUCGGCAAACAUGUGAAGCAGAGCUUCACGCUGGACCAAAAGGGUAUGUUCACAGAUAUUACAUACAAGGUAACUUGUAAAAGAAUGACAUCUUCAUCAGAAAAGAUCAUCUUGAAUGGGAUUAGUGGCUCAGCAUCUCCAGGGGAGCUUCUUGCUCUCAUGGGACCUUCUGGUAGUGGCAAAACUACACUACUCAAUCUUCUUGGUGGCAGAUUUAAUCAGCAAAACAUCGGUGGUUCGGUUAGCUACAACGACAAACCAUACUCUAAGCACUUGAAAACCAGGAUUGGAUUUGUGACACAAGAUGAUGUUCUGUUCCCUCACUUAACUGUCAAAGAGACACUAACCUACACAGCUCUUUUACGCCUUCCUAAAACCCUCACAAAGCAGCAGAAGGAGCAAAGAGCUGUCAGUGUUAUACAAGAGCUUGGACUAGAAAGGUGCCAAGACACAAUGAUUGGAGGGUCGUUUGUGCGUGGUGUCUCAGGUGGUGAGAGGAAAAGGGUUUGUAUUGGGAAUGAGAUCAUGAAUAAUCCUUCACUUUUAUUCCUUGAUGAACCCACUUCGAGUUUGGACUCUACUACUGCUCUCAAGAUUGUUCAGAUGCUACAAAGUAUAGCAAAGUCAGGGAAAACUAUUGUCACAACAAUACACCAACCAUCAAGCAGGCUCUUUCACAGAUUUGACAAGCUCGUUGUGCUCAGCAGAGGAAGCUUGCUUUACUUUGGGAAUGCAUCAGAAGCAAUGUCUUAUUUCUCUUCCAUAGGAUGUUCUCCUCUACUCUCCAUGAACCCAGCAGAGUUCUUGCUGGACUUAGCGAAUGGAAACAUGAACGAUAUCUCCAUACCUUCAGAACUUAAAGAGAAUAUGAAGAUGGAAAAUUCUUGCAGCAAGAUAAGAUCUUCUAAGCCAACUCCUACAGUUGUGUAUGAGUUUCUUGAGGAAGCUUACAGGACACAUCAUGAAGCCGUGGAAAAGAAGAAACUUAUGGCUCCAGUUCCUCUAGAUGAAGAAGUCAAAGUGAUGAUGACUUGUCCCAAGCGAGAAUGGGGAUUAAGCUGGUGGGAACAGUAUUGGAUACUUUCCUUGAGAGGGUUCAAAGAACGGAGGCAUGAUUAUUUCAGCUGGUUGAGAGUCACUCAAGUCCUCUCCACUGCAAUCAUCUUAGGUUUACUCUGGUGGCAAUCAGACAUUCAACAUCCCAAAGGCCUACAAGAUCAGGUAGGGCUACUCUUCUUCAUUGCUGUGUUCUGGGGGUUCUUUCCAGUAUUCACAGCGAUCUUCACGUUUCCUCAAGAGAGAGCAAUGCUGAGCAAGGAACGAGAGUCGAAUAUGUAUCGACUAAGUGCAUAUUUUGUGGCUAGAACCACAAGCGACCUGCCUCUUGACUUGAUACUACCUGUGCUUUUCCUAGUAGUUGUGUAUUUCAUGGCUGGAUUGAGAUUAAGAGCUGAAUCAUUUUUCCUAAGUGUGCUCACAGUCUUCCUCUGCAUCGUUGCAGCUCAGGGGCUUGGAUUAGCGAUAGGGGCGAGCUUAAUGGACUUGAAGAAGGCCACAACUUUAGCAUCAGUCACCGUUAUGACUUUCAUGCUCGCUGGUGGCUACUUCGUCAAGAAAGUUCCGAUUUUUAUCGCUUGGAUACGUUUCAUGUCAUUCAACUACCACACGUACAAGCUCCUUGUGAAAGUACAAUACGAAGAGAUCAUGCAAAACGUAAACGGAGAGGAGAUAGAGAGUGGGCUUAAGGAAGUGAGUGCUCUUGUAGCUAUGAUUAUUGGCUACCGUCUCUUAGCCUACCUUUCUCUUCGAAGGAUGAAGCUACUCUCUCCAACAUAAGUUUAGAUUCAAAAACAGCAUUUAACUUGGGGAUUCCACUUAUUUUGUAAUGUUUGCUUGUUUAUAUAUAUCAAAAACAAUUUAAUAUUUAGAUUUCCAAAUACGUGAUGUUCUCAAUAUCAUCCCAAAAAGAUGUAUUGUAUAUCAGUCUAUCGAAGAUGGUAACAUGAGAAAC